CGCCAUGCUCUUCUUGACGUCUGGACAGAGACAGGGAGGCGCACCGAGUCAAACAGCGAGAGCGACCUGACGCGGUCAGCGAGCGAGUCACGGAGCAGCAGCGUGUGCGCGCGCGUGCGUGCGGAGGCUAGUUAGCAGGCUGCUACACACCUCUCUGCGUGAGCGUGUACUUCUCCACCUCCGCCUUCAGCUUCUUCUGGAUGGCUUCUGCCAUGUCUGCGCCAACGAAAGACGGCCGAGGUUGUGAGUCAAUACAGAGACCAGUGUGGCACAGCGAGUCAAUACCGGGACCAGUGUGGCGCUCGGCGGAAGGACCGGAAGUGCCGGGGCGGAAGACGGCCAACUCUUUCACAGUAAGAUGGACGGAGGAGUGAUUCGAGUGACCGACGCGGAGCUGUGUUUCAGUGUGAAAUCCUCUGUUUCAGUGUGGAGUCCUCUGUUUCCAUAGCAAAAUCAAACACUUUUGAUUGUGGAAAAAUACACGAUUGGAAAUUGACAGAGUUGAUAAACGCCGAAUGUGGUCGGUUUUACGAUAAAUAUGUUUCUUAUACAUUUUAGAUAAAAAAAAAAAAAUCGGCAUUUGUUUAACGCCGACGUCAGGAUUGCGGUGUUUUGCGACAGUUUUACGACACCGCACAGCAGAGUGGUCGCCCAGCUCGAAGAUGGCGUCGUCGUUCUGGAAAGGUGUCGUUGGCGUCGGACUGUUCGCGUUGGCCCACGCAGCCUUCUCGGCGGCACAGCAUCGAUCCUACAUGCGACUGACCGAGAAGGAAAACGAAACUCUGCCAGUCGAUAUUGUACUCCAGACGUUAUUAUCCUUCGUGAUGACCUGCUACGGGAUCGUGCACAUCGCUGGAGAGUUUAAAGACAUGGAUGCUUCGUCAGAGCUGAAGAACAAAACGUUCGACACGCUGAGGAAUCACCCGUCAUUUUAUCUCUUCAACCAUCGCGGCCGGGUGCUGUUCCGCACCACGGAGGACGAACCCUCCUCCGAGCGCAACCAGCAGGCUCUUCCCAAUCCCUUACGGCUCCGUAAGCUGGAGCACUUGCACUGAGACUGGCCUUUGCCUUCGCCGCCGCCGCCGCCCCCUCACCUCAAUAACGUCAGAUGUUUUUGUUAGGCUUCCUCCAACCGUGUAACACUUGUACAUAAAGUCCCGCCGCUGUCCCUGAGUCCGAGCGUGCCAACCCUCAGCCCUGUGAGUCAGGACCUGCUUCACCUGGCCAGGUGGUGACCUCCACUCACCUCACCUGAACUGAACUGGGGCGCUGCUGACCUUUGUACCUUAUGAUAUCCACGUCCGACUCUUGGUUUCAUUCAGCCACACUCCUCCUCACAUUGUACACCACUGUACAAACUGAAGAGGCUCUAUUUCCAGGGCCAGUCCCCGGAAGCUCGUGGGAACAUUCACAUGUACAAUACUCCGGUCGGCUCCGCUGGGAGGAUGAUGCUGUCACACUGGCCAAGUAGACAAUUGUGGUACAUUAUUUGACAUUUUGUUUAUCAAAUAAAAGCCUACUGAUUUUA